GAAAUCGCCGAAGGCAGCGCGCUCCCCGGAAACGCCGACCGCACACCAUUCCCAAGAUGGCGGAGAUCGAUUCGCGGGUCUGGGGAGGAGGCCGAGGAGGCCGAGGAGGUCAUGCCGCCAGAGGACCUCCUGGCCAGGGCCAGAGAGGCU